AUGUUAUAUGAAGUAGAACAAGAAUGUUUAGAAGAUGCAUCGCGAAAUGAUGUUACACCUGCAACUGUGACCAUGGCAAUAAAUUACCAAGAUGCCAUGGCUAUUGUAAGAAAGUAUGGGAAGCCUGAUUUUUUUAUAACUAUGACAUGUAACCCAAAAUGGUCAGAAAUUGUUUUAAAUCUGAAAGAAGGUCAAGCAGUUGAAUUUCGACCUGAUUUAAUGGCAAGAGUUUUUCAUUUAAAACUUCGAAAACUUCUUGAUGAUAUCACAAAGAAACAUGUUUUGGGUAAACCAGCUGCCAAAGUUCAUGUAAUUGAAUUUCAAAAACGUGGUUUACCUCAUGCACAUAUUUUGCUUAUAUUAUGUGCACAAGCUAAGCCUAAAAAUGCACAAGUUAUUGAUAGCUUUAUUUGUGCUGAAAUACCUGACAUUGAAGUCAAUCCACGGUUACAUGCAAUUGUUACCAAACACAUGAUACAUGGGCCCUGCGGGGAGCAUAAUCUAAGAUCUCCAUGUAUGGUUGAUGGGGUUUGCUCUAACUCUAAGCAAUUUCCAAAAUCUUUCCAAGAAGAAACUUUAAUUAAAGUAGAUGGUUAUCCACGUUACAAGAGAAGCAAAAAAAGUCUAUCAAUUGAAAUAAAUGGUAAAAUAGAUAACUCUUGGGUUGUACCAUACAACCCAUACUUAACAUUAAAAUACAACUGCCAUAUUAAUAUUGAAAGCUGUGCUUCUAUAAAAAGUGUAAAGUACAUAUUUAAAUAUAUUUAUCUUCAAAGAGAAAGUUUUGAAGAAAUAAUUGCUGCAUUGGAAAAUGACAGUUUACCACAAAGGUGUUAUUUCCUUGAUGGUCCAGGUGGUAGUGGAAAAACUUACCUGUACAAAACUCUAUUGAGGACAAUUAGAGGGAAUAGUGAGGUAGCAUUACAGGUUGCUUCAACAGGCAUUAUGGCAAAUUUGCUGGAAGGUGGACAAACUUGCCAUUCACAGUUUAAGUUGCCAGUUCCUCUGGUGGAUACUUCAACAUCUUCCAUGAGGCAAACCUCUAAUGAUGCGCAAUUGAUCUGUAGUGCAAAGAUAAUUAUUUGGGAUGAAUUAACCAUGUCUUCCAGUGAUGCACUUACAUGUGUUGACAAACUGCUUCAAGAGUUGCUGAACAACAACACACCGUUUGGAGGCAAAACUAUUCUGCUUGGAGGGGAUUUUAGACAAACUCUUCCUGUUGUUGCACACGGAAGUAGAGCAGCUAUAGUUGAAGCAAGCAUAAAAAUUAAUCCACUCUGGCAUAAGUUCAAAGUUUUGAAGCUGACUAAUAAUGCCAGAUCUGUUGAUCCAGAGCUUAGCUCUUGGCUUUGA